UCUCAAACAAGAAUUUUAAAAUAUCAAUUUCCAUUAGCUAGAGUACAAAGAGGUACAGAUGCUGGUAAUACAUAUAUAAUCAAUCCAAUUCAAAAAAAUUUUAAUAUUAAAGCAAUAAUUCUUCAAGUAGAAACUAGUUGCGAAUUACCUAUCAGUCAAGCUCAAGUACCAAAUAAUAAUAGAAAUGUAUUUGUUCAAUUUAAUACAGGAUUCUUCUGGUUCAUAACAGCAUUGGAUAUUAAUGAAUCAUUAAGAUAUUUGAAAUAUAUGUUUAAUUUAGAUGAAAGAUCUAGAUAUAAUCUUGAUACUGUUUUUGCACCAGGACAUAAAGCUAUAUAUUUAAAAGACCUUAUACAACUAAACAAUACAGAUAAACCAAAUCUAAUACCAAUUCCUCCACCUAAAGAUAAUGAUAGACAACCACCCACAAUAACAAUUAAUACUCCAACUACAACUAUUAAUUAA